UCUUUCACAGUUUGUUUACUGUUUUUGUUUAGGAUAAAUACACGUUUUUGCAGAAUGCUUGAUAACAAGGGCGAUAAACUACUGCUUGAAGUUGAAGAGGAUGAUGCGGAUCCCGAGGAGCAGCAUCCCCGGUGCGAGCAUGGACCCACUGUGUUGUUCUACCGGCAAUCACAGCAUCCCGAACAGGGAUUUUACGCCUGCUCAGCCCACCGGGACUCAAAACUUUGCAAUUUUCACCUGCCGGCGGAUCAGUGGAGAGGUCACACCUCUAGCACACCACUUCCUGUGAGGAACUAUCCCUCGUCAUCCAGUAAAUCGAGGAAUCCCUCCAUUCCUGAUCCUACACUAAGUCUAACAGCGCUUUCAGAGGACAAAGUCAAUGCUCAAUACUUCUUCGAUGAGGCUGCUCUGAACUUCUUGGCAAAUCAGUGCAAAAAUAUAGGAGCUAGCAAGGUUAUCUGCAUGGGCGCCCCUCGUUUACAUUUCCACCUGCGCCACAAACUGCAAAGUUUUCUACUGGAUCUAGAUGAGAGAUUUGCAGAGUAUCUGGGAUCUGAAGAGUUCUGUCUCUACAACAUGUGCAAUAACCACUUUUUUUACGAUCGCAAGCCCUUUGAAGAGUUCCUGGGAGGUACUAGUCCAGAACAACUUGUGAUAGUGACGGAUCCCCCCUUUGGCUGUCGAACUGAACUGAUAUCCCACACCCUGCGCAGCCUCAGGAAACUUCACAACAGAAUCAACCAGUUGCCUUUCACGCCGCUGUCCAUAUUCUGGAUAUAUCCAUACUAUUCGGCUAAUCACAUAAGACAGGAAAUGCCCGAGAUGGAAAUGAGCGACUACAGCAUAAACUACACCAAUCACCUGAGAUAUACGAACGUGGGAAAGCAGAGUCGGUUUUGCGGAUCACCUGUACGUUUGUUCACCAAUGUGCCACUGAGUUUGCUGCAGCUACCUGUGGAGGAGGGCUAUAAGUACUGCCAGAAGUGUAACCUUUACACGGCCAACGGGAACCUUCACUGCAAUAGCUGUGGCAAAUGUCCGUCGGUUAAUGGUCAAACAUAUAGGCACUGUGAGUCCUGCGAUGUCUGCGUGAAACCCAACUACGUGCACUGCAUCAACUGCAGGAGGUGCACCCAGAAAGAGGGCCACAACUGCUCCUUCUACCAGACCAAACAGCGCUGCAGGCUGUGCGACCAAAAAGGCCACAUUGAAACCAAAUGCCCUAACUUCCGUAAAGCAAAGUUGAAACACACCAAAGGCUGUCUUUUGUGCGGCAAGCGGAAUCACAGGGAACGAAGAUGCACCCACCGAUCAAAGUACUUCAAGGAACUUCAUUUUAUGGGCGAAACCACCGUACAGUGUCUUUGAGGUUGUUCCUAACACUUGUUAAGUUGAAAACUGUUAACUACAAAGUAGUUCCAUACACACCCACCCAUUAACACCAGGCAAACAUUUGUUUAAUACAAAAUUUAUUUGUUCUUAA